AUGAAGGACGUUUAUGCCAAGGAGCCAUGGUUGCUGGACCAUUCCAACGAUCCUUUUUUCAAGGAAGACGAGUGGUACUACUUCUCGGCAAGGACUCAGAUCUCCGAGAAAAAGAUUGGACAUGGUAACUACUCGAAGCGGAAGAUCACCAGAGACGACAACGAUGGCAUCGACCGAGGGAAGUGGAGGUGGACCCGGAGGAAGAAGAUAAGUUUGAGGAUAGUCGUCUGGAAGAUUCAGAAGUAUAAGAAGUCCAAGAAGGACAAGAAGGAUCAUCAGCAUGAAGCAUCUUCUUCCUCUAAGCCGCAGCCGAUCAAGAAAAAGAAGUCCAAGAAGGAUCAUCAUGACGAAGCUUCUACUUCUUACUUGGAGCAGCAGCCUAUCAAUAUUGAGUGUGAGUCUCUUCUAGCUGCUUAUUUGGAACAGGAGCAGCCACUGCUAUGGGAUGUUCCGAACAAAUCAUCAUCUUCUUGCUCUGUUGCGGAAACAGAAAGCAGAAUGGAGAAGGAGACAUGA